UCAGCUGUUCUACCAACAUGGCCACGCUAAGCCGUACAUCAGGAAAAAUAUUACGAAAAGUACAGUUUUUACCAAUUUUCUCGCGUAAUUAUAGUUCAGUGAAGUGUAACAAAUUUAAUAAAUAUGUGUGGAACACCUGUGCAUGUGCUAUCGGCGGCGGAAUUUUGUUAUACGCCGCUAAUGUCAAGAAUAGAGGGAUCGUCUACGCUCUCAAAGCAAAGCAACCAGAAGAACUGAUGAAGGCCGUGAAGCUCACGUCUCGUGAGCGUCGCUUCAUCAAGUUCGCGAGCGUGGAGUACGGAGGCCAACUGUACAUGACGCCACAGGAUUUCCUGGAGUCCGUUGUGGAGCAAGAGCCGAGACCACGUUUGAAGCGGCGCGUCCUCACGACCAAGGAGAUCGAGCAACUGCGAGACCAGGUACCUCCUUUGAAGAAAGGCUCCUCGCAGAUGUUCCGCAGCAUGAGGGAUAGAGGAAUCAUCUCGUACACCGAAUACCUCUUCCUGCUCUCCAUUCUCACGAAACCAGCUUCAGGGUUCGAGAUAGCGUUCAACAUGUUCGACACGGACGGCAACCAGAGAGUCGACAAAAAUGAAUUCUUAGUCAUACAGCGCCUGCUCGGCGGCACGCUGAAGGAACGAAAGGAUAUUGACGCCGACACCGAGAAGGCGCUGCUUACUCUAGUGUCGUCCAGCGUGCUCAAGCAAAAGGUGGAGCAAGCUGAAAGAAACCAAGAGUGUAGUCCAAAGCCGUCUGUAAUGGAGAAGAUCUUCAGUUACGCGUGGAAAGGUAAGCGCGGCAUGAACUUGGAGGGAGCGGAGGAGGGCAAAGGACCGCAGGAGAACUACAUCAAUGACGACCAGGGGCUGCAGAGACGACACAACGUCGACACCCUCUUACAGGUCCACUUCUUCGGCAAGAAGGGUACAAACGACUUGAAGUUCGAGGGAUUCAGGCAGUUCAUGGAGAACUUGCAGACCGAGGUAUUGGAGCUGGAGUUCCACGAGUUCGCGAAGGGACACGAGACGAUAUCCGAGGUGGACUUCGCGAAGAUCCUGCUGCGCUACACGUACCUGGACACGGACGAGUACGACAUGUACCUGGACCGGCUGCUGGACCGCGUCAAGGACGAGCGCGGCAUCACGUUCGAGGAGUUCAAGACGUUCUGCCAGUUCCUCAACAACCUGGAGGACUUCACCAUCGCCAUGCGCAUGUACACGCUGGCCGACCACCCCAUCUCCAAGGAGGAGUUCCAGCGCGCCGUGCGGGUGUGCACGGGGCAGGAGCACUCGCCGCGCCUCGUGGCCACCGUCUUCGCCAUCUUCGACGCCGACGGCGACGGCCGCCUCAGCUACAAGGAGUUCAUCGCCAUCAUGAAGGACCGCCUGCACCGCGGGUUCAAGUCGUACGCGAAGAACGAGGGCUGGGACGCCUUCAAGUCCUGCGUCAAGCAAGAGAUGAAGAGCGCCGUGUGAGCGCCCGCCGGCCCCGAGCAGUUACUGUUGCACUCUCUAGAUGUACUCUCUUUAAUGAGCUUCAUGCGAGUUAAGAAAAGAUCAAACACGACCCUCGUUAGAUAGAAACCAAAUGGAAACAAAAAUCCUACUAAAUAUACAUAAUGACAGUAUUCAUAAAAUAAAAAUGUUACCACGAGUAUAAAUCACUAUUCACUAGCACUUUUCAUUCAACGUGAUAAUUCUCACAUUAAAAAUACUUUAUUCCAAAGUUAGGUGGAAGGAAAAAUAGGCUUUUAGUUCGAAGUGACGCGGUUGAACCAGAAGAAUCAUUGACAAUUUGACAUUAAUUAUUAAUUUACUCGAAACCUAAACCAAACACAAAAUAAAUAACCAUGUUGACUUAUAAAAAUGUGUCAUAAGUAUAAAUAAUAAUUUAUUUCUUUAUUUUAUGUCUUCGCUUGAGAUUACUAACCUAGACUAAGUAUUACGUACUUAAUCGCUUGUGAUAUUUGAGUAAAUUGCCGGUGUCAGUGUCGGUACGUUUAAAAGUUAUGUUGUGAUGUCUCGUUUAAGUAUGGUUGUACUUUGCUUUAUAUACUAUGUUAAUGUUAAUUUAAUUUAGUAUCAAACGUAACACGCUAGCAAACAAAUGUGGUAAUUUCAGAACCUUUUGCUUUUAUCUUGCUCAGAUGUUGUAACUAAAAGUAUUACCUUUGAACUAAGAUUCUAAUUUAAUGUAUCCUCCAAUGUAUCAUAACCAGUAAACAUUCAGUGUGAAAACAAAACUUACGAACUGAGAGUUGUUUUUCCGAAUGAACUUGUACCGCGACAAUGUUCGACUUAAAAAAUGUCUCGGAGCGGCCGCCGGGCGUUUGGUCAGUUUCGUUCCUAAAUAUUUAAGAGCCGUAGGUUACGCUACACGUGCACAAUAUGAAGUGAUUUCAUUGGCUAGUCAUAUGCAAGUAAGGCGCACAUUAGAUUAUUAUUUAUUGUGGAUUAAUCAAUAUUAGUGAAAUUAUAUAAAGGUUGUAAAUUAUGCUUUUUAUUGUAAUAAAAUGUCAACGACAAAAAUGUUUUUUUA